GUUCUUAGACUCAGGUGGAAUUUCUGGGCCAGCACCUCCCCUCUGAUCCGCCCCUGGGUGGAGCCUUCUGGCUCAUGUUGUCGUUCCCUCAGCUGUUUUCUAUGGUGUAAUAAAGAGCUAGGCUGUUGGGUGCCACAGUUCUAUGCCAGACUGUCCUUGUCAACAUGCUGCCAGGAAACCUUUGAACUCCAAGUCAAACACUCCUGUGGACUGUGAGCACUUCCAGGCACUUUUUCUUCUUUACUACCUGCAAGUGGAAUGACUUACCAGGUCUCCGCCUGCCUCCUGUUGACCAAGUACUCCUCUUGAGCUCCCCCAUGCCAUCUUUUUAUGUUAGACUGCUACAAUCAAUUACAAAUACAGCAAUACUCAUUCCCACUUACCUGGUACUCCACUAAUAGUCACUCUCCUGUCUGACAGAGCUCCCAGUAGCAUGCCUGUUCACUCAGUUAAGCAACUAAUCACUCACAAGAACCUGCUUUUUCAUUUUCCAAUGAAGACGUGCAAACGUCUGUUUGACUCUGCUCACAGAGUCCAGUAUAUACCAAACUAUGCCUUUUUUGGAGUUGGGAUUGUACUUUUGCCCAUUUGGCAGAAAGCCCUGGAUGCAAACAAAACUCCAUGAGUGGAAAGGCUGCUCAAAUGGUGCACAGUUGUUUUGGUGACUCAAAUCCUUCCUAUUGAUUCAGGUAAGUCAUUUAAAAUAUAAAAGUAAAGCAUUAAGUGACAUUUUACAUAAACAUUAUGUAUGGUAUUUAAAUCCAUGUUAAGCUUCAGUGGUUACAAUAACAUCUUAUUGUUGCAUAACGUGUGUUUGCCCAAACCGAAUGUUGAAUUUUUCCAUUUACACAAGCAGCCUUCAUGUCAGCGUUUCCUUAUGCCUGCAAGAAUUUGGGCGGGCUGUAUUAGAAACACUUGGAGCACCAAUUGCUUUUUUACCCUCUUCCUAAACCAUAAGCCAUCUGUCUGCAUAAUUUAAGGUACGAAUGUGUGUUCAUCAGUGGUUGAAGUUAAAAAAAACACAUGUGUUACACAAUCUGUGAAUCAACUGUAUCGGUUACAAAAUCAGUUGCUUUUGCCACUUUUAACAUAAAGCAUUAGAAAAGUUGCGACAGUCAUGCAUGGGGAUUGUUAUUUUGGUCACUUAUGAGGAACUUGUAUUUAAACAGCACUAUUGGAAAAAUACGCCUGCAACACCUUUAAACCUUUUAAAUAGGAACCACGCUUUAACUUUGGAACAGAGACUUGUCUGACAGCAGCUUUUAUCCACACAUGAACCUGCAGCUGGCUGCUAUAGUGGUCACAUGACCUCUACUAUAAACCUCAGCACAAACCAAUGAGGCUACGUAGUUUCCAAAGAACUCAAUGAUCAAAAUUUUUGCCAAAAACUCCGCGCUGUCAGCAAAAUCUUUGUUUACCUCAGCAGUCAUGUUGCUUGACCGGCAUGUGCGGUACAGGAGUUGUCACAUGUAAAUCUGGGCAUUCCUCACUUCCCUGAACUGACUAUAUCCUGUUCUAACACGCCUUAUAUAAGUCUGCUGCUUUCAUUAUCCACAGCUCUGACAGCUUUGUAAAAAAAAAAGACUACUCUGCUGAACUAAGCUGGUGACCAAAAACAUGUUUAACACAGGAGUUUCGACCUAUCUGUGCUUGUUUUUUGCCUGCUGCUUCUGCUGCAGCAGAGCUAUGCCGACUAAACUCAGCAACGAGGCUGUGAAUGACAGAUCUGUGAUAGGUGUUUUAACUCAGGUUGUUACAGAUGAAAUUAUGAAACCAUUUGGGAGGACUUACAUACCUUCCUCUUAUGUGAAAUACAUUGAGUCUGGGGGCAGCAGAGUGAUGCCUAUAAGAUUAACUCUGACUACAUCUGAAUAUGAGAACAUUUUCAGGAAGAUAAACGGGUUGAUUUUCAUCGGGGGAGCUGCAGAUUUGGAGACUUCAGACUUUGCCCGGGUGGCGAAGAUUUUUUACAGGCUGGCUCUGGCGGCUAAUGAUGCCGGGGACUACUUCCCAAUUUGGGGCACAUGCAUGGGAAUGCAGCUACUCACUGUGCUGGUGGCUGGUGAAAAUCUCCUGACAAAAACCCCAGCUGAGAACUUAGCAUUGCCCCUCAACUUAACCACAGAGGCGCAGUCCAGCCGGAUGUUCAAUAGUUUCCCAGAUGAGCUCAUCAAUGCUUUGGCCCAGGAACCUCUGACUGGCAAUUUUCACAACUAUGGAAUUACAGUAAAGGACUUCCAGGAAAAUGAGAUGCUACGGAGUUUCUUCACCAUCCUGUCAACAAACAUCGCUAAGAACGGAGCUCACUUUGUCUCAACUUUCGAAGGUAAAAGAUAUCCUUUCUAUGGAGUUCAGUGGCACCCGGAGGUGAAUCGUUUUCAGUGGUACAGAAAGGCGAAUUUCCCUCACUCCCGUCACGCCGUGCAGUUAUCGUCGGAGCUAGCUGAAUUUUUUGUCAAUGAAGCAAGGAGAAGUUUACAUCACUUUGACAGUCCUGCAGAAGAGGAAUCAUCACUGAUUUACAACUACUCACCUGUCUAUGUUGCAAACAUCACAACAUAUGAGCAGAUCUACUUCUUCUGAGCUACUCUUGCAGCUGAAUGGAUCUCUGCACAUGUAAACGUUUAUAUGCUCUAGUGUCUGUAGGACGCUCGCAAAGUAUGCUGGUUUUAAUCACAGAUAAUCAAAAGUGUUGUUUAAACCUUUGUGCUGAUUCAGUGUGUUUGUAUUUCACUAAGGAAGUAUUUUUGCUAGCAAUUAUGGCAUUACCGACGCAGAACUAUUACUUAUAUUACUUUAAUGUGUUGUUUUUCCCAUUAAUGUGCUCGUUUGUAAAAGUGAAGUGAGACUAUCAACCCUGUAAAUGUGAAUGUGUUUGAAGUAGAACAUCUGGAUAGAUUUUAGGACAACUGGGUCCACGUCUUUUGUACUUGGUCAUUUAAUAAACAAAUUUUUAAUGUG